AUGGAUUUUAUGGGUUCUUCGGGUCAAUCUGGAGGUUUAGCGUGUGUUUGGGAUCCUUCGAUAUUUUCGGUUGACGGUGUGGUUAAAAAUCAUAACUUCUUGGCUGUCAAAGGGUGUCUAAAGGGGUGUGGUUCUCGUUUGAAUAUUUUCAAUGUGUAUGCUCCUCAAGGUACUUCAGCUAAGAAGUCCUUGUGGGACCAGUUAGAGGUAGAAGUGGUGGGCUUGGAUGGGCUCUUAGUGCUGGUUGGGGACUUUAACGCUGUUAGGUUUCCUAAGGAUCGGAAAAAUUCGUCUUUUAAGCCUUUGUGUGCUCGUAAGUUCAAUUCGUUUAUUUUUAAUUUGGGGCUUUUGGAGUAUAAGAUGAGUAAUAGACAAUUUACGAGGUGGAGUGGUGACAGCAGGAAGAUGAGUAAAAUUGACAAAUUCCUUGUUAGCGCUGAUUUUUUCUCCAGAUGGCCCGAGGCUUGUCUUAGGGCUUUGUCGAAUAAACUAUCGGAUCAUUGCCCUUUGCUUUUGGACACCAAGGAUCUUAGUUUCGGCCCUAAACCCUUUUGGGUUUUCAACUCUUGUUUGGGCCGUGACGGUUUCGAGGACGUGGUUGUAGAGGCGGCAUCGGCUUUUGUGGGCUCUGGUAAUCCGGACGUUGUCUUUAGUAAUAAGCUCAGAUUUAUUAAGAACCGGAUCAAGGCUUGGAGAGAUAAGAUGAGGGUUAAAGAGAACGAAGAGAUUGCUUUGGCCAGAGAUGAGCUGGAAGAUCUUGAGUUGAUCAUGGAAAUUCGGGAUUUGUCGGAGGAUGAGGAAUGGGCUCUGUCUGAAAUAAAGAAGGUGAUCAAUGAUUUUGAUGAGAAUAAAGCCAGGGAUACUAAGCAACGCUCUAGGGUCAAGUGGAUCAAGGAGGGGGAUGAGAACUCCAAAUUUUUUCAUGCAAUGGUAAACAACAGAAAGGCGUCUAAUGCUAUUCAUGGGCUCUCUAUUGAUGGCUCUUGGUGUGACAAUCCCAGUCGGAUUAAGAAAUUUAUUUUUGAGUUCUUUAGGGAAAAAUUCAAAGAGAAGGUGGAGCUUAGGCCAAACAUUGUUUGUGACAAUCUCAAGAAGUUGAAGGAUGCGGAUGUGGAGGCUCUUACCCAGCGUUUCGGUUCUGAGGAAAUCAAGAUUGUUGUUUUUGAGUAUGGAGAUGAUCGGUCUCCUGGGCCUGAUGGUUUUAAUUUCAGGUAG